AUGUCUUCGGCUACCCCACCCUCAAUAAAACAACUUAAAUCUCUUCUACGCCAGGCCCUUCGCAUUCGGAUCCUCGACGGCCGCAUCUUCCUCGGGACAUUUGUCGGAACGGACAAGCAGCUCAACAUCCUCCUCGUGAACGCUGAGGAGUAUCGCAUUGGCAAUGAUCGCACGGAUGAGAGUGCGAACGGGCGUUAUGUUGGGCAGAUUCUUGUGCCAUGGAGGUUGAUUUCUACGGCAGAGGCGCGGGCGGGGUUGGGCAUUGGAUUGGGCUCGUUGGAUAGUGAUGAUAGCCUGUAUGCAUGA